CCAGUCAGCGGAGAGAGUCCGCUCCGCUUUGCCAUUUCACCACUCGGGGGUCCCGAGUUUGGAGUCAAGCACCGUCCAAACAACCCCGCCUGGUACUCCACCAAUUUCUUCAGAAACUGUCGCUGUUUAACGGAAGAGAAAUGGGAUUAAACAGCAGGCUGAUGCGGAGAGAUGGAGCAGUUCUUCUCAUGCAGCCAUGAUAAUCUGCAUUAGUCAUGGACCCCACCACGUCCUCCACCUACAUUUAUGGCAGGUCUGUUGCUGACGACCAAUUGGGUGACUGGGAUCUGCUCCCCUCUGUGUCAGCUGGUGCGCUAAGGCAAGAGGUGUGCAGCAAGGAUCAGGGGGCAGAGGAAAAAGGCAAAUUCAAAUCCCGCCUGGUCUCAGCAUGGAACAGCAUGAAAUACGGCUGGCCCUUGAAGCAGAAAUCCAAAUUCAACAAGAGCUCCCCUCUUAUCAUGCUGGGGAAGACCUACAAUCUCAAAGAUGAUGGGGACAAAGAGCGUUUCCGUCGCACCUUUGCAUCCUUCCUGUGGCUGACAUACAGACGGGGCUUCCCCCAGCUGCCCGGCUCCUCUCUGACCACUGAUAGCGGUUGGGGGUGUGUUCUGCGUACAGGCCAGAUGCUGCUGGCUCAAGGCCUGCUGAUACACCUGAUGCCACCAGGUUGGACUUGGUCAGUGAGAUACUGUGCCGUCAAAGACGACUUGGACCUGCUUCACCCCGCUGACGGUGCAGAGGGUGGGUGGAUGGCAGAAGAAGGGGGAGGAAAUAAGAGGGGGAGGAAGCUGAGCGUUGGUUCCCUCCUGGACAGACCCAUGGAGGCCACCCACAGAAGGGUGGUGUCCUGGUUCGCAGACAACCCUGCAGCCCCGUUUGGCAUUCACAAGCUGGUAGAGUUGGGUAAAAGCUCAGGGAAGAAAGCCGGCGACUGGUAUGGUCCAUCCAUUGUGGCACACAUCCUGAAGAAAGCUGUAGCGGCAUCAGUGGACCUCCCCAAUCUGGUUGUUUAUGUGGCACAAGACUGUACUGUAUACCUCCAGGAUGUAAGGGGGCUGUGUGAACGGCCCCUCCCUCACUGCUGGAAAUCCGUCAUCGUCCUGGUUCCUGUACGACUUGGAGGACAAGAGCUCAAUCCCUCCUACAUCUCCUGUGUCAAAAAACUGUUGAUGCUGCAGUGCUGCAUUGGGAUCAUUGGUGGCAAACCAAAGCACUCUCUGUUCUUCGUCGGCUUCCAGGAUGACCAGCUGCUGUACUUAGACCCUCACUACUGUCAGCCGACUGUGAACAUAAGAAAGGACAACUUUGCUCUAGAGUCAUUUCACUGUAAAAAUCCCAGGAAAAUGUCCUUUUCUCGCAUGGACCCCAGCUGCACCAUAGGGUUUUAUGCUAAGGGCCAAAGUGAGUUUGAGUGCAUGUGCGCAGCUGUCAAUGAGGCCGUCUCCACAUCUGCAGAGACUUACCCCAUGUUCAUAUUCUCUGAGGAGAAACAGCGGGAUAUGGAAGAGGAAAUGAUCCCGCACACACACAAUCUCGCUUACAUCCAGAGAGACAAUGAACUGAAUGAUGAAGAAAACAACAGCAUGGACGAGUUUGUUCUAAUAUGAGCAGUUAAAGGACAAGAUCUGCUUUGUUCACCGGAUGUUUGUGUGGCAGCUGUGGAGCAGGAAGACGACUUUAUUCACAACCUGCUUUACAUCAGGCUGCAGGACUCGCUCAGAGGGUGACAGGAAUAUGAACUGGUUAGGUUUCAGUCACGACUCUGCUGUAUUUUAACUGUUUCGAAUGUCUUAAAACCUGUAUUUACUUCGAAUAAAGAAUAUUUACACAAUCUCCUGUUCAGAUGAAGAAGUUUAAGAACCAAAAAAAAAAUCCUCAUUAUGUUUCAGUAUUUUAGUAUUACCAAAGUAAAGAAGUACAGUUUCUGUGCAAUAGAUUUAGUUUUGAAGCUAGUCUGGUUAAAUAAGCUGCCCUUUAUACCAACUGGAAAUGUAGACUCCUGUUUUACAGCCUUGUUUGAAUUAAAAUGGGGUAAUUAAACAAGUUGACGCAUGAUUCAUUUUGCACCACCUACCUGUAAACAAAAUGUAUGUUAUAUAUUUACAUAAACCUUUGAACAUCAGUUUAUUUUUGUUUACCAAAGUGUUUUAAUAAAAUACUUCACUAAAUAAUCACACUAAGGCC